UUUGAGACACAAGUUAUGGGUAGAUCCGACCCGAUAACACCGUAUUUACGGGUUUCUAAGCCCCGCCUCCAUGACGAUGGUGUCUCCCUCCUCGUCCGUUACAGCGUCGGCGGCCGCCCCUUCCCUGCCCCGACCUCUCCCCGUUUCCUUAGCGAUCUCCAGGGACAUAGUGAGCAAGAUAGGUGGAGAUUCAUGAUCCUACGAUCGGUGGGUUCAGCAAGUAACUACUAUCAAGGUCUACGAACUAGUUUGUCCUGCUCGAGAGCAGCAUUGCAACUGUAUCCAGAUACCCCAGUUGGUGAUACUUGUUUUGGUAUGUCAGAAUCACUACAGUGCCAGAGAGAAUCUCAUUCUUCUACAAACUUUUCAUCAGCAAAUGCAAACGGAUCAUCUGAGACCACAGAGCCUGUAUCUCCUCAUGAUGAUACUACCUGCUCCCUGAGCAUUCAGUCCACUCCUGACAUUGAGAAGAAGUAUGUGCAUCGUGUUUAUGAUGCCAUUGCUCCCCAUUUCAGCUCAACUCGAUUUGCUAAGUGGCCAAAAGUUGCUAGUUUUUUGAAUUCCUUGAGGCAAGCUUCAGUCAUACUUGAUGCCGGUUGUGGGAAUGGAAAAUAUCUUGGUUUUAAUCCUGAUUGCUUUUACAUAGGUUGUGACAUAAGCCCUUCUCUAAUUGAAAUAUGUGCAAGGAGGGGUCACGAUGUAAUGGUUGCUGAUGCUGUUAACCUUCCCUACAGAAACAACUUUGGUGAUGCUGGAAUUUCAAUUGCUGUGUUGCAUCACCUAAGCACCGAGAUGAGGCGGAGAAAGGCAAUAGAAGAGUUAGUUAGGGUUGUUCGAAAGGGUGGACUGGUUUUGAUCACUGUGUGGGCUGUUGAACAAGAAGAUAAAUCACUGCUUACUAAAUGGACUCCUCUGUUUCACAAAUAUGAUGAAGAAUGGGUGAAACCCAGCAGUCCUGUUCGUAAUAAUCCAGUAAACAAGUUAGAGAGUAUCCCUGAGUUAGAUGAAAGUUGUCGUCAGGACACAAAACAAACAAAACAAACAUGCAAUGAGUUAUCUGAUGAUAAAAUGGAGUCUAUGGAUAGUAUCAUGGUUGAUGCUUCUAUUUCUUCUGCCACCACAGGAAGUCAUCUUUACCCCAUUAGUGGACAAACUGAGACUCAGCAAGAAUAUUUUGUUCCUUGGCACUUACCAUAUCACCGUGCUGAAAUUAGUGGUGCAUCGGCUUCAGCAGUUGAAACUGGGCUGGCAAAGAAAGAUGAUAAGAAAGGGGCUAUGGUUUACAAUCGUUAUUACCAUGUUUUUGUUGAAGGAGAGCUUCAAAGGUUGGUUUCCGGCAUAGAUAAUGCAUCAAUUGUUGACCAAUUCUACGACAAGUCCAACUGGUGUAUUAUUCUUGAGAAAUCCUAAAUCACUGCUUUACGAAAUUGCUGUGCUCAUAAGAUCCAACAACAAAUCAUGCUGCCUGAAUUGGUCCAAGUUGUACAACUCAAGAUGAUUUUGAUGUCAGUUAUUUCUAAAACAUGAUAGUUGAAGAUUCUGAAAGAUAAAUGCUGAGUGGUUUAUCCUUCUUAACUUGGUCUACCUCAAGUCCGAGAAAGAUAUUUGAUCACACAGCUUUGGUGGAAUAUUUUGUACUCCACGGCAUGAACUUCCUGGAAUUAUGGGAAAUCUGAAAGAUGAAAUAUGUGUCAGCUGAAUUUAAUUGCCGGCAGUAAAUCUUUAUCUUUUAAUGGUUUAUGAACCCUCUUUGAUUUA